CGCCUAUAGCCUAUAGAGCAAGUCCCGUUCGCACAUGCGCGCUCCCAUUCGGGCUACACCGGUUUCCCCGGUCGUGAGGGAAAGGGAUGCGCGCACACGAUCUAACGGACCUCGUGGAUGCAUCUAUUUAGUUACAUUUCUUUGGCUUUUUGUAUUCAUUUGUUUUAGCCAAAAACGCCAUUUUAUGAGGCACUGUAAACGCUUCAGUGUAGGUACUGUAACGUUACUGUGGUUUUAGCCGCAUUGCAAUUUAAUUAAAUCGUUGGCUGUCGCUGGCAUCUCACCGGAUGUAUGAAAAGAAACUGUAAUCUGAAUAAGGAGAAUUAGCCCUCAGCUGGAAGAAUGGAGGUGGUCACUCACUGGAUAAAUGACACCGUAGAUUUCUACAAGUGGAGUCUUACCAUAUCAGACAAGCGGGUGGAGACAUGGCCGAUGAUGUCAUCCCCGUGGCCCACUCUGGCCAUCAGCCAGCUGUAUCUUAUCUUCCUGUGGGUGGGGCCUCGCUACAUGCAGCACAGAGAGCCUUUCCAGCUCCGCAAGACCCUCAUCACCUACAACUUCAGCAUGGUGCUGCUCAACUUCUACAUCUGCAAAGAGCUCUUCCUGGGGUCUAGAGCAGCAGGCUACAGCUACCUCUGCCAGCCAGUCACCUACUCCGAUGAUGUCAAUGAGCUCAGGAUAGCGUCAGCGCUGUGGUGGUACUACAUCUCUAAAGGAGUGGAGUAUCUGGACACGGUAUUCUUCAUCCUGAGGAGGAAGUUCAACCAGGUCAGCUUCCUGCACGUCUAUCACCACUGCACUAUGUUCAUCCUCUGGUGGAUCGGCAUCAAGUGGGUCCCCGGUGGACAAUCUUUCUUUGGCGCCGGCGUCAACUCAGGUAUCCACGUGCUCAUGUACCUGUACUACGGCCUGGCUGCCUUCGGCCCCAGCAUCCAGAAGUACCUGUGGUGGAAGAAAUACCUGACCAUUAUUCAGAUGAUCCAGUUCCACGUGACAAUCGGCCACGCGGCCUACUCCUUGUACACUGGCUGCCCUUUCCCCAGCUGGAUGCAGUGGGCCCUGAUUUGCUACGCCAUCACCUUCAUCAUCCUCUUCGGCAACUUUUACUACCAGACCUACCGCCACAAGCCGCGCCACACUACCACCAAGGCAGCCAAGACCGUCACCAAUGGUGUCUCCGCGGCAACCAACGGGGUUGGCAAGACACUGGAUGAGUCGCUGGAGGAAAAUGGGAAGAAGCACAAGAAAGGAAGAGCGAAGAGAGAUUAAGCCAAGACCACGAGGAGAGGGGAGUGAUCUGUCUCACCUGGACCAAUAAACACACAGGAGGACCAGCCAAGUGGAGUUGGGAGGUUGGGUUUGAAUAAGCCUUACUCCCAUAGGUUAUGUUGAGCAUGAUUGACAGGAAGGGUGGGGAAGUGGGUGGUAACCCAAUUUACUUCUGUUUUACUUCCUGUUUUCAGGUGUUGCACUCCUUUUCUUUUCAGGUCUUCUGUACCUUGUGUACCCAACUGUGCAAUUGUAUUCAGUGUCUUUCUCUCUCUCUCUCUCUCUCUCUCUCUCAGUCUAUCUCUCUCAGCAUAAUCCUAGCGACUACUUCUCCGCACACCAAAGAGAGAUGUUAUGAUAUCAAAUGAAACGCAGAGGAAACACUACUGGCGUUAGGAGAAAUACGGGUUUUCUCUUUCUCUCUCUCUCUCCUUCAUUUCUCCUUUCCCUCUCAUCCUUCUCUCAGUGGUCCUCUUUCUUUCCCUUUCUAACUAUUUUCCCCUUUCUUCCUCUCUCUCUCUUUCAAACUCUCUCUAUCGCUCUCUUUCUCUCUCUCUCUCUCAGCAGUAAUGUUAGGAGCGACCUCUCUGAUCUUUGCUUCAGCACCACUCAAAGGACACUAGGCUUGCAGGCACCAGGCCUGGCUACCCUCAGUGCUUCCAACACGAAGCUAAGCUGUCAUCUGUUAUUUAGGAAGUUUAGUACAGUUCUGAUGUUUGAUACAUACAUUUGGCAUCCCUGCUGAGUAUCACUGUACAUUUUUACAAACAACCGCAAUAAAAAAAGAGAAUGCAGACGUUACUAUGUACCAUUACCAUGUUCGGUCCAAAAAUGUAAAAACAUUGUCUGACUGGUGGAUUGUAUUUGAUUCAGAUUUGUGUUAAAAAAAAACACAUCAUGUUAAAAAUGUCCAUUAACCAUUAGCAAGAGGGAACAUAAACAUAAACAAAUCAAAGGGCCCUUUGGCCAGGUUUCAGGUCAAUAAAAACAAUUGAACAAAAAUAAAUAAAAAGUGAUACAGGAUGCUCUUCAAGUUUGCCUAUUUAGCAUUGCUUAUUGGCCUACAGCCGGAGAAACAGAAUCAGAUAUUUUUUUGCAAGCCUCAAACCAGUGACCAUGGCAAAGGAAAAGGGAUGGAACCUGCUUGAGGCAAUUUUGCUGCCAAAUCACCUUAGAACUCGGUUACGGAUAGAAUUUUCCGGAAUGAAAGAACUCCCUGUGAUGAAAAGGGAGAAUUCUAACUUCAUUAGCCUCCCACACACGAGUGUGACCUGUGCUCUGGGAACAAUAGUUAGAGUUGUCUUGGGUCAGAUCGAUGCCAGCUCUUUCAGAAUGUUCCACUUCCUAGACCUACCCUGAGCCCUGCUUAUAUACGAGUAGGAUACCCUUCAGCAGGUACUGUCACACCAAUGUGGUAAGAAUGAACGCUGUAAAGAAUAUAUGGGUCCAUGGAAUAUAGCGUGGAAUUUUUUAAUCUUACAUUGUUGAAGAACGCAUUCUUUUAUAGGAAUGUUUAAAUUUCCCUUGCUGAAGGGUUAAGUAAAGUUAGCAUUUCCUGCUGUUGUAGAGGAAUCUUUAAUCUUUGUGAGCUAAUAUAUGCGCUUGGCAAGAACACAGGUACAAACAAACAAACAAAAAAGCUUAAGCGCUAAAACAGACAAAAACAUACUGUGGAUGGGUUAUUUCUUUUUAGAAAUGUUUUUUUUUUUUAAAGUCUUUUAAACGGCACACUGUAAACUUUUAAUGUUUUUUUCUUUUCUUUUUGGUAUUGAACUCAGUUUGUAGCCGUGUCAUUGAACCCCCAAAUAGCAGUUGAAUAUCGGAGUGUAUGACAACACUACUUGAUUUAGCACCUCAAGUAUUUACUAAUUGUAUUUGUACUUUAUCAUGUAUCUAUUGUGGAAUUCGACCGUGCACUAGUGCAUUUCUGGAGGGUUAAAUGUAGGUGUUUCUGUGAGAGUUUUGUGACGUCACCUAAUGCCCACAGAGACUCAGUAGCCGACUGACCAAGGGCUUUUUAUUCACGUCAAAAACAAAAACACCAAAAACACACACCCAUGGCUGCAGAUUAUACAGUAAUAAAGAAGAUACCACACAU